AUGGUGUGUACGAUUAAAGAAUGGCACCCAACGACAAAAAAUAUAGACUUUGAAGAAACGGAGGCCCGACGAUUUCAAAAGCUCGAAACCGACCUAUUCAAACCGUAUAAACGUGACGUAUCAGCUCCCCAAAAAGAAACUAUGAGCCGCAACUAUGCCGCCUCCCCUCUCUUUCGCCUCCCUCCCGAAACCCGCGUCCGAAUCUACGGGCUCGUGCUCGGCGGGAAGCAGUUGUGGAUUGCCCACAGUGAUUCCAAAGUCGAAUUGGAGAAGCCAGAAAAAACUUACAACCCCAGGGACCCCGAUCAGCACAGUACGGCCACUAUCGUCACCGGUGCGGACGUUCCCUAUCAUUCCACGGCCGAUUCUUUCCCCAGGACCAAGCCUUCCAUCACUGAUUACCACCUCGGCCUUUUACGUGUCUGCAGACAAGUCUAUACGGAGACUGCUCUACUGCCAUUCACUCUCAAUACUUUCACUUUCAGCGACGAUUUGGUGAGGAGAGAAUUCGAGCAGAGCGCGGGGGCCGGGGAAGAAGAGGGUGCAGAAGAAGGCGGUUGGGAAAUAUGA